GUUUAAAGGGUUUGGGAAUUUUACAACUUUCAAAAGACGAUUUUGCUGUUCCAGAAAAAAGAAUCACCAUUGUCGACUUUGCAGGACAGUGUGCCUAUUAUGCCUCACACCAGAUUUUUCUGAGUCCACGGGCAUUCUUUAUCCUGGUGCUCAAUAUGGAGAAGAAGUUUGAUGAUAAGGUUGGAGAGGAAGUGUGUAGUCAGGCAGGCUCCAUUUACCAGGGUUGGACACACAGAGAUUAUCUCACAUUUUGGGCCAAAUCCAUUCAUCAAUACAGCAGUGAGAAGGCCCCCGUUAUACUUGUAGCUACUCAUGCUGAAAAAAAGACAGAAAAGGAGAAAACAGAUUUUUUCCGUGAGGUAUGGAAGACUUUGGAAAUGAAAGACAAGUCAUUGCAAAAGCAUCUUGACAAAUCAAUGAUGUUUGCAGUAGGAUUUCAUGACAAUAAAUGCAUUAAGAAAAUCAAACGUUCAAUUUCUGAUACUGUUCAACAGCUUGAUUACUGGGCUGAAAAGCUCCCGCUCUCAUGGGCUAUUUUUGAAAAGUUCUUCCAAGAGAAGAAAUACCUCAAAAUAAUAAAGAAAGGGAUACUUCGGGCUUUCAAUGAGGCACUGCCACAAGAAAUAAAAUUGGAAACGAUCGAGGAUAUUAAUAUCAUGCUCCUUUUUUUCCACGAUUUCAGAGAAAUUUUGUAUUUUAAUCAAGAAUUGCUGAAAGAAAUAAUUAUUCUUGAUGUUCAGUGGUUUGCAGAUGCAUUCAAAAAUGUCAUCACUGAUAAAAACCAUGCAGAGGAGGACUUAUUUGAGUUUGCAACAGAAUGGGACCAAUUCAAUGAGACGGGGCAACUGACUGACACGUUGUUGUCUGCAAUAUGGAACAAAAAGAGUUUAAAGAAUAAGGAGUACCUUGAACACAAGGAAGAUAUCAUGCUCUACAUGGGAAGACUUGGACUUUUAGCUAAAUUAGGUGACAACAAAUGGUAUGUUCCCUGUAUGAACAAGAGACCAUUUCCUGCUAAAAGCUUUGCAUCAUACCCUGCCUCCUCCAUUCUCUGUUAUGUAUUUGAUGUUCUUCCGGCUGGCAUUUUUCAGCGUCUCAUAACAAGUUGCAUGCAAAUUCCAUGGAAGCUGAAUUCAAAUAGUGAUGAACUUUGCAUUUACCAAACAGUGGCUGUGUUCCUUUAUGAGAACCAUAACAUUCUGAUUGGAAUGACACGAACAGAAAUUCAGUUACAAGUAUUUGUACUAGAAGGAGAAGUAGAUAAAUCAACAUCUCAACAAGUAAAGAGGAAAAUUGACGACAUAUUAAAAAUUCUUUCUGAAACAUUCCACGCAGAUUCUAAAUAUGCACUCGCUUUCAAAUGCAAAGAUACAGGAUUUUGUGAUAACAAAGAAAGUUCUGUGAUCAACGAAUCAGAAUUUACAAAACCAGCCUUUCAAUGUUCUUCCUGUGCAAUAGAGAGAAAGCACAUCAUCAACUCAAAGAAAAUCACCAAGUAUUGGAGACAGGAACUUGACAAUGAAGCAGAAAUAUCUCAAGCCAUGGGAACCAGUGAAGUUUUAUCUUCGGGAAGUAAUGUACAUAGUGAGUCACAUACCAAAGAUAAUUUUGCCAAGAUUCUAAAGUUACUGCAAAUUGCAACUGAUGCAGUAAGAAUCUGCUUUGAUAAAUUCUUCCCUAAUGAGGAUUUAGAAAAGACUCUGAAAGAAAAUGAAACAGACAUAAGAAGAGGACAGUUCCGAUUCCAACCUCCUCAACUGGAGAUCCUUUUCCCUCCUCAAGGUACCUCCUGAAUUUUUUUUAUGUUAAAAUACUAAAUGCAUCUAUUUUCUACUCUUUUUGAUGUAUCUGUAUUCAUGCCCCGCCGAAAUAUGGCUGAAGAAUACUUGGCGUUAAACAAUAUUCAAUCAAUCAAUUUAUUCAUGUCACAAGAUCGAGUAACUAGUACUCCAUUUUUUUUUUAAUAAUCUUUCCUUGUUGUAAUUUGACUGUUGUCUUCUGUGUUCUUUAAACCUUUCUCUGUUUUCACCGGAAUAAUCUAUUGAAGAUUAAUGCUAAGGGUAAAAGACAACAAUGAUUGUUAGAUUAAGGAGAAAUCAAUUUUUCGAAGGGUUCCUUGUGAAAAAAGUGCAAAAAAUAAAGCAUGAUGUUAUUUUAAUUCCUAGAGAAAAAAGAUAAAAAUAUAAUGCCGAAAAUUGACAUUGUGUAGCUUUAAGUUCAAUCAGGUCAUGGUUCCUGUGGUCAGGUGAAGUAGCAAUACAGUUUUAUACUUUUAUGGGAACUAAGCAAAUAAAAAUCUUCACAAGAACAGCUGAACAACAAAAAGACGUAUUGAUUGCAAAGUACAUUAGAGCAGUAG